GGGGGGGAGGUGUGGGCUGCUUUUAUUUACCCCUUUCUCUUGAUAUGUCACUUGUAGGAAGCUGUGUACCUUCAUUGCCCAGGCACUGCUGGGCUCUUCUCUUCAGUAAGAAUCACCUGAAACUGGACAUGUGUGAAUUCUUAGAACAGCCCAUCUUUACUCCCUGGCUGGGAACCAAAGACUGGCAGUGGAAUGGUGUCUGUGAUGCAGGAUCCACGCCCUGUGAAGCAGCCAAGGAAAAGGUCAGAUGCAAAACAGACAAUGGUGAGGAAUUUGUCCCAUGUGAAAUGAAGUGACUCCCCAGGACUCACAGCUGCACUUGGCAUUGGUUCCUCAUCCUUCUGCAGAGGGCAGAAGUCAUCAGCUCUGUCUCUGCCCUCUGGUGCGGGGUGCCAGAGGUUUUGUCGUUCCUUUUGCUCUGCUUGUGGUCUGGGACACCGCAGUGGAAAAGCAGCCGCCUCUGUCCGAGUGGGCUGCUGGAAAGAGUGGCUGGCGGUGGGUAUGAGCUGUUACUCAGCCCGGGACUGGCAGCGCAGCGCUCGUACCCCCCAGCCCGUGGCUGCGGGAGCGCGUUGGGCUCCCGAGCCCCGCGGGCUGGUCCCGCUGCUUCGCGGGGGAGGAGCAGGUUCGUGCCCCGAGCCUGCAGCCGAGGGCGGAAGCUCUUUGGGGUUUGCUGUCGGUGCUUGAGGCUUUCAGAGAGUCGCAGCAUCUGGGCCGGGUUCUCACCGGAUGCAGGGAUGCAGGCGUACAAAGGCAGAGCUGGGGGCUCCCCCAGGGCUCGGCCUGGGACAACCCCGGCAGUUUUUGGCUGCCGUGAGGAGGAGGACACCAAACGUGUCCAGCCCAUCCCGCUCCCGGCCAUGCAGCAGAACUUGAACUACGGCUACCCCCCGAUUUUUUGGGUGGACGGCUGUGCUGAAACAAGUACUUCCUGUCCCUCGGCACCCCCUGUUGCUCCUUUCCCACCGCCAGUACCCGACCGGAGGAGAAAGCCAGGGAAAAAUAGGGAAAGGAGGGGCAUCGACUUCCUGGUGAUCUACCUGCUGCUCCUGCUGGCCUUCACUGGAGUGGGGCUGAGCAUAUUUCGGAUUUUUCAACUGGAGAAAGAACUGGCUGAACUCAGAGAGUCUGCCAGCGCUGAGCACAUCCCUCCAGCUCUGGAGAAACUCAUAGGGCAGAAGGAGUCAAUGAAAAAAGAAGAAAGAAAGGCAGCACACUUAACAGGGAGCCCAUCCCAGCAGGGCCUCCCUCUGGAGUGGGAGCCCAUCUCUGGCCAUGCCUACACCAGUGACAUUCAGUACCGUGACCGGGGGCUCGUCAUCAACGAGACGGGGCUGUACUUCGUGUACUCUAACGUGCUGUUCCGGGGCAGUGUCUGCGAUGGCCAGGUGCUCACACACAUUGUCUACAAGAGAAACCCGAACUCCCCGGGCAGCCACGUGCUGAUGGAGGACAAGGGCAUCAACUACUGCACGGGUCAGAGGACAUGGGCCCGGAAAAGCAACCUGGGGGCUCUCUUCAGUCUCAGGAAGAUGGACAGCGUGCACGUCAACGUCUCCAAAAUCGCUCUGGUUAAUUUUGAGGAAUCCAAGACUUUCUUUGGCUUGUUUAAGCUUUGAAAUGGAGUGUGGCCAGCAGCUCCCCUCACACACACACUCUAGGAUGUGAGGGCUGCCUGAGUGCAGUGGCCAAACUGGGGUCACACACCACGAAACUCACCAAGAAACCGUAUUUUGGCCUUCAGCGUGAGAGGGUUCAAGCCACUGGUAAAGGCUUAAAAGCAGACACCUGGGAAGCAUCAGAGCUGUACUGUGUCAACCUGAAGAGAACUGCACAUAUUCUCCUUACAAAGAAACCGCCAGCAAACUCAAAAUGUGGUGUGCUGCAGACCCCACUGAAACUCACUACUUGCUACCUGAGAAGAUGCUGGGGCCCGCAGCCCCACAUGGUGUCAUGGCCCUGGUGAGCUGGGGCCAGCAGGGACAGCUGGUGAGCAUUAUGGAGGUCCCUUGAGCCCGGACUGCAAGUGUCUGGGUUGUGCCACACUGCAGGGAGUGGUGUGGGAAUAAGUAGUGCCAACAGCUGCUCACCCUGGGCCAUGGCUGCCCACCCUGCCUGGGCACUGGGCUCUGUGCCUGCUGUCCAACAGGCACCUGCCUGCAAGCCAGGCUGUUAGAGCUGGUAUGUUCAUCUUGUGUUUAGCUAUCAAACUGUUCCCAUCCCAGAAAAUGCUCCUCAACCCCUUUAUUUAACUCAUCCCAACUGUCUUGCACGGAUCAUGCCAGAAGCAGUGGUGGCAUGAGGGAGGUCCUGACCCUGGAGUGGAACCAUGACCACGCUGUGGGGGUGGGUCUGGUGGGGAGGCCACGUGCUCUGCUGACAGGAUCUGAACAGCAGGGCAGUGGGGUUUAAGGUGAAAGCACCAUUUCCAUCCCCCCUUCUGCUCUUUCCAGAUGUGAGGAUCCCCUGUGGAUCUGCCACCCCCUUCAUGAUGUAUGUAGUGACAUGUUGGCAUCUAUCCAUGGCAUGGCUUCAGUUGGCCCCCUUGUCAUGAGAUGUUCUAUCCUGAGCAAAACCCAGAUGGUAAAUAAAGAUAUAUUUUUCUAGUA